GACAACACCUGCCCAUUACCCUGCCUUUCUCCUAUAGGUGUAUUUUGUGGAUAAAUAUAUUUUGGAAAGAUGAAUCCAUAUCCCGUAUUUGCUAACAAAACUGGUUGAAUAUUUGCUGGUUUUUAAUGUGGAGUCCUACCUGUUCUCUCCACUUUCUGUCACAUCUUCGUUUCGGCAGUACCACUGUGUUUGUCACAUUACACAAUUUGCCAAUGCAACUGCAGCUAAAUGUACACAAUCAUAAAGGAGGAACUAUCUUCAUGUUCUUUGUUCUACAGGAGCUAUUAACAUCUAGUGUGACAAAGUUAUGAUGUAGUUUUCAGUAUUUGAUGCCACUAUGUUAAAUGUAAGUUGAUUGGGGUGAUAAACGUAGUAACUUCCUACUGUCCAAAACAAGAGCCUCACAAGUAAUCUAUUUUACCUCCUAAAACAAUCAAUCACCUAUAAACAUGUUUUUCUGAUGUUUUCUUAAAAGCCGUGUGGGAUAUGGGCCCACUAUCACUUCAGGCGAUCUGUUCUAAGGUUUCACUCUUCUUGCAGUCAGGAAUUUUUCCACUCAGGAGAGUGGGGACUGCUUGUGGGACUUCUGCUCCAGCACUGAUCUUCGCUCUCAGCCUCUGCGUGUGGAGCAGCUUCGCACUGUUGCUGCAAAGUGCUCACGGCUCCCACUCCGGGAGGAGAGCAAAGAGGAGGGAUGCAGUGAUCUCUGGGUGAUCGCCGGGCCUGUUGCAACCUGUUCUGAAACAAGCAGAAUGCUCUCUCCCCUGCCCUCACCCCUCGUAAAACACUGUCUUCUGUGACAAAGUGAACGCAAAAGCGUCACUAUUUUAAUUUUUCUCCUCUAGAGGGAAAACAAAAAAAAAAAAAAAAGAAGGGCCCUGUUUACACGGAGGCUUCCCAGCCGUGUCGGCCACGGGGGCGGCAGCGGGGGGGCGUUUCUGUGCCUCCCCUCGGCCGGCUCCGGCUCUGCCUGCGGCGGGAUCGCCCCCGGCUACUGACGGCGGCCGCCGCCCGCCCCGCGCCGCCCGCCGCGCCCGCCGCUCCCCCUCUCUCGCCGGCGCUGCCGCAGAGCCUCCACCGCAACGCGAAGCCCACACAGCCGCUCCGGUCCGCCCCUCCUCUGGUCUGUCACGCUCGGCGGCUCCUCCGAGAGGCUCGUCUCUCCCUCCCGCAGCUUCGCGCCGGGAGCAGGAGGCAGCGGCGGCGGGAGCGGAGGGAGCUGCGGCGGCUCUCCGCCUGCCCCCCGGUUGAGUAUUACAGCUUCACUUGUACCUGAGCUUUUUCCACUGAUGUCCAACACACAAUAGACAUUCCAAACAAUAUUUGGCAGGUGCCUUUGCAGCUUAACAGCAGCCCUUCUUUGACACAGGAUGGAGGACACAUACAAAGACAGGACUUCACUAGUGAAGGGGGCCAAAGAUAUUGCUAAAGAGGUGAAGAGGCAAGCAGUGAAAAAGGUGAACAAAGCAGUUGACAAAGCCCAGGAUGGCUACACACAGAGGUCCUACAAUCGAUUCCAGGAUGAGGAAGAUGACGAUGAUUACUAUGGCCAAGGAGGAAAUUAUGGUGUAGAAGCUAAUGAUGAUGAAGGAUCAAGUGAAGCAACUGAAGGACAUGAUGAAGAUGAUGAAAUUUAUGAAGGGGAGUAUCAGGGAAUCCCCAACAUGGGGCAGGGUAAGGAUGACAUGGUGGCCUUAGGUCAGUCUAUGCGUGAUGAAUACAAGGAUCGUCAUGAACUGGAAACAGAGAGGAAAGCUGAUGAAGAGGAGCUAGCACAGCAAUAUGAAUUGAUAAUACAAGAAUGUGGCCAUGGUCGCUUCCAGUGGGCCCUCUUCUUUGUGUUAGGAAUGGCCCUAAUGGCUGAUGGCGUUGAAGUGUUUGUGGUUGGAUUUGUGUUGCCCAGUGCUGAAACAGAUAUGUGUAUACCCAAUUCUGGAUCAGGAUGGCUUGGUAGCAUAGUGUACCUUGGGAUGAUGGUGGGGGCAUUCUUCUGGGGAGGCUUGGCAGACAAGGUGGGAAGGAGACAAUCACUCCUGAUAUGCAUGUCUGUCAAUGGAUUCUUUGCCUUCCUUUCAUCCUUUGUCCAGGGCUAUGGCUUCUUCCUCUUCUGUCGCUUGUUUUCUGGAUUUGGGAUCGGUGGAGCUAUGCCAACAGUCUUCUCCUAUUUUUCGGAAGUGCUUGCUCGGGAGAAACGAGGUGAACACCUGAGCUGGCUCUGUAUGUUUUGGAUGAUUGGUGGCAUCUACGCUUCUGCAAUGGCUUGGGCAAUAAUUCCUCAUUAUGGAUGGAGCUUCAGCAUGGGCUCUGCCUACCAGUUCCACAGCUGGAGAGUGUUUGUGAUUGUCUGUGCACUGCCUUGUGUCUCUUCUGUGGUUGCCCUCACCUUUAUGCCGGAAAGCCCACGGUUCCUUCUGGAGGUUGGAAAACAUGACGAAGCUUGGAUGAUACUCAAGCAAAUUCAUGACACAAACAUGCGUGCUCGUGGUCAGCCUGAGAAGGUCUUCACUGUUACCAGGAUCAAAACACCCAAGCAGAUAGAUGAGCUCAUAGAAAUAGAGAGUGACACCGGAACUUGGUACAGGAGGUGUUUUGUACGAAUCCGCACAGAGCUGUAUGGUAUUUGGUUGACAUUUAUGAGAUGCUUCAACUACCCAGUGAAGGAUAAUACAAUCAAACUUACAGCUGUGUGGUUCACCCUGUCCUUUGGCUACUACGGCUUAUCUGUUUGGUUUCCUGAUGUCAUCAAGCAUCUGCAGUCGGACGAGUACGCGUCCCGGGUGAAACAUUUCCGCAACGAGGAGGUCUCGCACUUCGUCUUCAACUUCACCCUGGAAAAUCAGAUUCACAGCAACGGGGAAUACAUCAAUGACAGGUUUAUUAUGAUGAAGUUUAAAUCAGUAACCUUUGAAGAUUCACUCUUUAAGAACUGUGUUUUUGAAGACAUUACUUCACUGAACACAUACUUCAGGAACUGUACUUUUGUGAAUACCACCUUCUACAACACAGAUCUCGAGCAGUAUAAAUUUGUUGACAGUGAAUUGAUAAAUUGCACAUUUUUUCACGUCAGGACAGGAUGCCAGAUUUCUUUUGAUGAUGACUACAGUGCCUACUGGAUCUACUUUGUUAAUUUCCUGGGAACUUUGGCAGUGUUACCAGGAAAUAUCGUGUCUGCUCUCCUGAUGGAUAGAAUAGGACGGUUAACAAUGCUAGGUGGUUCCAUGGUUCUCUCUGGCAUCAGCUGUUUUUUCCUGUGGUUUGGGACCAGUGAAUCCAUGAUGAUAGGUAUGCUGUGCCUCUACAACGGCCUCACCAUCUCAGCAUGGAACUCUCUAGAUGUCAUUACUGUGGAGCUGUACCCUACAGACAGAAGGGCAACAGGCUUUGGCUUUUUGAAUGCACUAUGCAAAGCUGCAGCUGUACUUGGAAACCUAAUAUUUGGUUCCCUUGUUGGUAUCACCAAAGCAAUCCCUAUUCUCCUUGCUUCUACUGUUCUAGUAUGUGGAGGUCUGGUAGGACUUCGGCUCCCUGAUACAAGAACCCAGGUGUUGAUGUAACUGGAAAAAACAUUCACUAUUUAUUUCCUUCUUUGUACAAAUGUCUGGUGGUGCAAAGGCUUCAGAUUCUCAACACACAGUAGAGUGCUCAAAUGUCAGAAAUCAAACUCAAAAGAUACUUUGGAGCAGCAGAGAUUUAGCAAUCUCCGCAUGAAAGUUUCAAAUUUCACUUUUGUUUGCUUGCAUUCCUUGCUAUU